CUGCUGCAAGCAGGAAGUGUCCCAGCUGCGGGCGGAGAUUGCACCAUGGCCCCGGACCCCUGGUUCUCCACAUACGAUUCUACUUGCCAAAUUGCCCAAGAAAUUGCCGAGAAAAUCCAACAACGGAAUCACUGUGAAAGAAGAGGUGAAAAGACACCUAAGCUUACCCUGACCAUCAGAACUUUGUUGAAGAAUCUGAAGGUAAAGAUCGACACUUUGAAGGACUUACUGCUAAGAGCUGUAUCAACACGUCAGAUAACUCAACUGGAGGGGGAUCGGAGACAGAACCUGCUGGAUGACCUUGUCACCCGAGAGCGACUGCUCCUGGCAUCGUUUAGGAACGAGGGUGCGGAGCCAGAUCUGAUCAGGUCCAGCCUGAUGAGCGAAGAAAUGAAGCGAGGAACUCCCAACCCCUGGCUCUGUGAGGAGCCCGAGGAGACCAGAGGUUUGGGUUUCGACGAGAUCCGGCAACAGCAGCAGAAAAUUCUCCAAGAACAGGACGCAGGCCUUGAUGCUCUUUCCUCCAUCAUCAGUCGACAGAAACAAAUGGGCCAGGAAAUCGGGAAUGAGCUGGAUGAGCAGAAUGAGAUCAUCGACGACCUUGCCAACCUUGUGGAGAACACAGAUGAGAAGCUUCGCACAGAAGCCAGGCGGGUGACCCUGGUGGACAGAAAGUCAACUUCCUGUGGUAAGAGAUGGCAUUGCCCCAGCCGCCUGGGGCUGGCUCGUCUUUCCGUGCUCCCUGCUGCUCCCUGCUGCUGCUUACCAUGA